AUGGAAAAACAAAGAUGGCGACGAGAGUGGCGGUCAGCACUCAUCGUCAAAGUCCUUGGGCGUUCUUUUCCUUUCCCGGUGAUUUCACGCAGACUUGAGACGCUGUGGGCUAAGACGGGCAAUAUUCAAGUAGCAAGUCUAGCCUAUGGUUUCUAUGUUGUUCGAUUUACAAACCAGAUUGAUUAUGAACGCGCAUCGGUGGGCGGGCCGUGGAUGAUCAGUGACUACUACAUUACCGUUCGACCAUGGCGGCGGAAUUUUAAUCCGCAACUUGCAGAGGUUGCCUCGACUAUGAUCUGGGCUAGGCUGCCAGGCCUCCCCCGGGAGUUUAUCAACAAGGAAGCCAUAGAGCGUAUAGCGUCACGUAUUGGUAGGCCGGUCAGAGUGGAUCGUGCAACGGAAACGGGGGACCGUGGACGUUAUGGAAGAGUCAGUGUGGAAGUGGACCUUACUCGACCGCUCCUCUCCCAGUAUAAAAUAGAAGGGCUAACCUAUUACAUCGAGUAUGAAGGACUGCACCGCAUAUGCACUGAGUGUGGAAAAUAUGGACAUGCCAGAGUAUCAUGCCCGUUAUUAAGACCCAUAGACGAGCCCGUGCAGCCGAAACAGACACAGGAAGAGAAAGACAAGGCUAAUGACUCUCCGUAUGGGGAGUGGAUGGUAGCGAAACCGAAGGGUAAAAAUUGGAAGACGAAGUCAGCCACUCCUGAAGGUAACACUAAUGCGACCCUAGGUGGCAAUACCUCAUCAAUAGCCGCCAAAGAGGCCACAGGGUCACGCUUUGCGGUACUAGUGGAAGACUUGCAGAAUUUGGAAGGAGCCAAGGAUGCAGAAAUGCGACAUGAACAUGACCAUAACUCACAGGAUGCGGAAAUGGCGGACGAGGAAGCACUGACAAAAGAAAACACCCACCCCACCAACUUAGCCCAGCAGCCUCCCUCGGAUAAUUCAACUGGCGAGGGUGGGAACCAGGGUAGCACUGAUUUGAGAAGCGUGGGACACCAAAGUGUACCUCAACAGCACAAACAUGUUGGGGAAGUUCCCCAGGCAGCAGUAGUUGAGCGUUUGACGAGUGGGCAUAGGCCCAUAAGUGUGGGUACGGACUUGCUUCGGAGCCCCCAGACCUUUCAUAAUUCACAAGGAAACCGAAAGCAGAAGGCCCCGCAGAAGGAAACCUCAGCUAGUCUAAAGCAGCAUGACGGAAAGCAGGGCGGGAAGGAUAGAGUAAUUAGUGGCGGGUCGAAGAAUGGAAUGAGCAAAAAUGGUGCGGGGAACCUAUCCCCUCCACGGAUCAGAUGA